AUGGGGAUAGACACUAAUAGAUCAAGAUGAAGAAAUUAAAUAGCUGACCACUUCUAUAUGAUAGUUAUUAUUAAAUUAUAAUACAAAAGUAUCAACAAUCAUUGUUUAAUACAUUUCUCCAUCAUUACUAUACACAGAGUUCAUCAUUUCCUGGUCACCAUCAUCACUUACCUACUACUCAUCAUUAUACAAUACAAAAUGUAUUCCAAGUCUUUGACUUUGUGGAAUUUCUCCUGGUAAUCAAUGAAAUUUUGGAUCUUUGAAAGGUACCCAGUUCGAAUCAGGUCUUGAAUUGAAGCCUUCAUGGCUAAAGUUAUGAUCUUGGUCUUCUUCUUGUUAUGGAUUGAUGGUGGGUCGGGUCAGGACUCGCCAUACAGGAUUCAUACUUUGUUUUCAGUUGAAUGUCAGAAUUACUUUGAUUGGCAAACGGUUGGGCUUAUGCAUAGCUUCAAGAAGGCAAAACAGCCAGGACCCAUUACCAGACUGUUGAGUUGUACGGAUGAAGAGAAGAAGAAUUAUAAGGGGAUGCAUUUGGCUCCAACUAUGGAAGUUCCUUCUAUGAGUAGACAUCCAAAGACUGGAGAUUGGUACCCUGCAAUCAACAAACCUGCUGGAAUUGUCCACUGGCUGAAACAUAGUAAAGAUGCAGAGAAUGUCGAUUGGGUUGUGAUUCUAGAUGCAGACAUGAUCAUUCGAGGUCCAAUUAUACCUUGGGAACUUGGUGCAGAAAAAGGCAGGCCCGUAGCAGCAUAUUAUGGGUACUUGGUUGGAUGUGACAAUAUUUUGGCUCAGUUGCACACAAAGCACCCUGAACUUUGUGACAAGGUCGGUGGGCUUUUAGCCAUGCACAUGGAUGAUCUUCGAGCUCUAGCACCUAUGUGGCUUUCAAAGACAGAAGAAGUACGAGAAGAUAGAGCUCAUUGGGCCACUAAUAUAACUGGCGACAUCUAUGGCCAGGGAUGGAUAAGUGAGAUGUAUGGUUACUCAUUUGGUGCAGCAGAAGUUGGACUUCAGCACAAGAUUAAUGACGACUUAAUGAUCUACCCAGGCUAUACACCACGACCAGGUGUUCAACCUAUUCUACUUCACUAUGGUUUGCCAUUUAGUGUCGGAAAUUGGUCUUUCACUAAAUUGAAUCACCAUGAAGAUGAUAUUGUUUAUGAUUGCGAUCGGCUCUUUCCUGAGCCUCCUUACCCUAGAGAGGUAAAAUUGAUGGAAUCUGAUCCAAACAAAAGGCGGGGACUAUUUUUAAGUAUAGAAUGUAUAAACACUUUGAAUGAAGGUCUCUUAUUACAACAUGCUGCAAAUGGAUGUGCUAAGCCAAAAUGGUCAAAAUACUUGAGUUUCUUAAAGAGCAAAACUUUUGCCGAAUUAACUCGGCCAAAACUUCUGACUUCUGAGAGUAUAAAAACUGAGGCUGAAAACGAGCAGCAGGUCAUUGAUGACCCUGAGAAACCACAUCCAAAAAUCCACACCAUAUUUUCCACAGAAUGUACCCCAUAUUUUGAUUGGCAGACUGUAGGUCUGGUACAUAGUUUUCACUUAAGUGGCCAACCUGGAAAUAUCACAAGGCUUCUCAGCUGUACAGAAGAAGACCUAAAACAUUAUGCAGGCCAUGAUCUGGCCCCCACCCAUUAUGUCCCUUCUAUGAGCCGGCACCCACUAACAGGGGAUUGGUAUCCAGCUAUUAAUAAACCGGCUGCUGUUCUCCACUGGCUUAAUCAUGCAGAUAUUGAUGCUGAAUUUAUAGUUAUUCUUGAUGCUGACAUGAUUUUGAGAGGUCCAAUUACACCAUGGGAGUAUAAAGCAGCACGUGGCCGUCCAGUUUCAACUCCCUAUGACUACCUUAUUGGUUGUGACAAUGAGCUUGCAAAACUCCAUACACGCUAUCCUGAUGCUUGCGACAAGGUUGGGGGCAUCAUCAUCAUGCAUAUAGAAGAUCUUCGAAAAUUUGCCAUGCUAUGGUUGCAUAAAACUGAGGAGGUUCGGGCAGACAAAGCUCAUUAUGCGACAAAUUUCACUGGAGAUAUAUAUAAUUCUGGCUGGAUAAGUGAGAUGUAUGGCUACUCUUUUGGUGCAGCAGAGCUGCAACUACAGCAUAUUAUAAGCAGGGAUAUAUUGAUAUACCCGGGAUAUAUCCCUGAGCCUGGUGUUAAGUACAGAGUUUUCCACUAUGGGUUAGAAUUUAAAGUUGGGAAUUGGAGCUUUGAUAAGGCAAACUGGAGAGAUACUGAUAUGGUCAAUAAAUGCUGGGCUAAGUUUCCAGACCCACCUGAUCCUUCCACACUUGAUCGGACUGAUAAUGACAUCUUACAGAGGGACCGACUUAGCAUAGAAUGUGCCAGAAAACUGAAUGAAGCAUUAUUCUUGCAUCAUAAGAAGAGAAAAUGCCCUGAUGCUAGCUCCUUGUCCAACUCAAAUUCUGAUACAGCAAAGGAAGCUAUAAGUUCAAGGAAAUUUGGCAAGAUUGAUGAAGGUAAUGUUGCUAGAAGCAACAUUCCAAUCAGACAUUCUCAGGAAACAUCUCUGCCUGCUAUGAAAGAUGGGCUCUUUGGUUCUUUGAGGAUCUGGGUUAUUGUUCUAUGGGCAGUAUCUGGUGUCGGUUUUAUAGCAGUUAUGUUAAUGGUAUUUUUAGGUCAUAGAAGUAAGGGAGCUAAAGGAAAAGGUUAUAGAAACAAGAGAAGAUCAUCAUAUUCAGGAUUCUUGGAUACGAACGGCCGUGAAAGAUUUCUCCGCGGUGCUGAAUCAUCUUUGUGACCUUGACAAUGUAGAAGAAAUAAACACAUUGAUUUUUAGAGGAUCAGACAUUCAGAGAGUCCCAGGAAGUCUCAAAGGCAAAUUUCAGAAUAUACCGAUACGGCAAAACAGUUUAGAACAUUUUUGCAGAAGAGAUGACACCACCACAGAAUAGUUUUGGUUGCUCUAUAUUGCUGUAACUUUGACCUGUUCCUGCCUCUCUCAAUGUAACAGAAAAAGUAAUGAAAGAUCAAAAGCAUUUUAUUCUCCCUGAGCCCCAAAUAUUGCAACUUGUAACUUUGAUUUUGCUGUAGCUAUCCCAAGGUUGGCCGGUGAUUGGAUGUCUUUUCCUGGAUAAUCAUGUUUUACUAGACAUUUUGCUCUAUUUUUCAACAUAGCUCUACUACAAGAUCUCAUUGUUUGUUUUUAACAAAAAACUAUUAUUUCCUUAAUGAAGACCCUGUUUGGUCUA